GGAAAAUCCACCUGUAUCGAAAGACAAUGAUCCUGAAGUGCAAGAACCUAAAUUAUUUGGACGACAGACCAAUCACACCGCGGGAUCGUGCUUGUGCUGAAGCCUGGAUGCGCAGUGGACCCGACGAAGAAGCAGCCGAGAGGAGGCGUUGGAUCCAGGCGGACCAGAAGAAAAUCAACGAUAGCGUGCAAGCGCUGAUAAACAAAAGGAAGCUGUACAAACCGGUCGCGAUGUCCGAAAAGGAGGCGGAGGAUAAGAAGAAGACGAAGGAGGACGAAGAAGUAGCCAAGCUUGUGUGCACGAGCAAUGAACUGCUCAACCUGGAGAAGAAAAAGUCGGAGGUCUCAUCCUCCUCCAGCUCCUCUGCGUCUUCGUCGUCGGACGAAGAGGUGGAGAACGAUGGAACGGGGCAAAAAGGAGCCGAGAAAAGUGGCGGAAGGAGGCCAAUGGCGGAGGAAGAAAGGAAAGCCUACAGCCGGAUCGGUGCCGAGCUUUUGUUGCCCUGGAGAACAGAGACAUCGAAGUCACCGCCAAAACUGAUAGAAGAAAUAAGGGAAUCGAAGGAAUACGUGGCAAGCGACGCCGACCUGAAGUGGCAGCGAAAGAAAAUUUUGGACGAGCGAAGAACAACCGACGAUCCACCAGGUGGUUAUGCUCUGGGAAGAGAACUGGCCCAUUACGAGAAACUCGUCCUGGGGACGACCAACGAGACCGAAAUUGCGGCUGGAUCUUGCACGAGCGACCAGAAGAAGAACGACGAUAUUAAUGAUCGAACGACUCUUUACGAAAAUUGCUCCGUUUCCUGCAAUAUUCUGGACUCCGAAAUCAACGAGGAAAAAAAGAUAAGCAAAGUUACGGAGAACUUGGAGAAGCAACCCCCAAGCAAGGACAUAUUAGACGAUUAUCGGAGAAGAGACGAUAGAUGUCCUUUAAGUAGUCAGCUGACCAGCAUUCGAAAGGACAUGAAGGAAUUCUGUGUCGGAAUGGAAAAGUUUGUCGAGGAGAAUAAAAUCUGCUUCAAAAAUGGCGACGUCGAAGGGUUCUGGGGCAAGAAAGAUCAUGGGAAUCCUGCAUCUGUACCUGAUGAGAACGAGAAACAAGAAGAGAAACAAUCCACGAUGUCGACGUUACAAGUUUCCUCGACGAAAGGAAACGACGAUCUUAAAUGGUGGAAUGCGAAGGAGAGAAAGCUGAAGAUUGUAGAAAUUAUGAAGAAAAGGGACGAAGAAGCGAUGAAGAAAAUGGAAAAGGUUACCGUGGACAUCAAAGACGUUCCAAAAACAAACUCGAACGAACGAACCUCGCGAAAUGAAGAUGCUGAAGAGAAGAGGGAAACUUCGUCCUUCCAAGGAGUUUACGAUUUGCUGAAUUUAAAGACAUGUUCCAAGCUUCUUUUGCAAGAUGUAAAAACUUACCCGGAAAACGAAGACGAUUCCAUAUCGUGUAGAUCGCCUAAAAGAGAAGAAAACAAAGAAGUAGCCACAGGAGUGUUUCAUUCUUUGUUUAACGAGCUGGAGCAUAACAAUCCGAGAAACGUGAAAUUCGAGAGAACGCCGAUAUCGCGCAGCUCCCACGAAUUGUUGCCCAUCGCAGAAACGGAAGAGACUGACGAAGAAGUUCCGCAAGAUUCGAGUAAUACUAUAAGAAGAUGCGUUUCGGCAGACGCGAUUCAUUCUAAUGCUAACAAUUUACAAUCAAAAAAGUGUCUCGAUGCAGUUCGGGAGGGACCUGUACAAAUUGAAACUGUGAAAGUGGAUUCUGAAGAUGGUGAAUCGGAUAACGAAUCUGUAAUAACAGUAAUCGAUUGUUACGAAAAAUGCACGAAAGUCAACGUGCAACCACGGAAUAUCAAUCAGAAAUCAGAAUCUAUAGACACAAUCGUAGGUGCGACAGAAGAAAAGAAAACUGUUGAAAGUGAUGGAAAGGUUCCAAAGAAGGAAAAAGAGGAUCAGAGCUCUGAUGUUCAGGCUUUAAGCACGCUGAUAACUUCGUUGUACGCGGACAAGUCGCGUCAGCCUUCCAAAUCGUGUAAAAGAGGGCGAGAUUACGAGUGCAUGGACAUAGUAGUAAGCAAAAAGUCGCAUCUAAUCGAAAAUGACGCUGAAGUUGGGUCGAGCGUUCAGAAAAAUGACGGUGUCGCAUCCGACAGUCGUGAACGGCAUCGAACGAGAGAGGCUUGGAAGUUUAGCAAGGAGGAAUCACCGUUGAUCGAUAGCUGCAUAGAAAGCUUGAUAAUGAACAAGGAUAUCGAGACGAAUACGAAAUCCUCGAAAUGCGAUCAAAUGGAUUUUUUUACUUGUACAACUAGUAGUUUGAUUUCGUCAAACUUUUCUUCUCCUAGAAUCUUGGAAAAUUCUGCGAAAGCUGUCUCAACCAACGGACAAUCUCGAGAAGAUGAAUCCGUUCGAAACAGCAAUGACAUUCGAUCCAUCGCGGAGCUCCUGAAACAGUCUGAAACUGCUGAAAAACAAGGUCCGUCGAUAAUGAAAAACAGUUUGGAUUUCUAUCAAGAGUUCUGUCAGUAUUUUGAUCGCCUAAAGGGUGAAAGGAAGCUCCUGAUCGAGCCAGAUUUCACGAAGAACAACAGAAUAGACCCCGAAGAAAAGAAACGCGACGCUCUAUCGCCAGGGGAGACCAAACAGUCGGAAAACAAACAAACAAAGCCAUUGAUCGAGGUGAUUUCAACGAAUCCGACAAACGUGGACGCACUCGGAGAAUCUGAAGAACCACCUGUUAACCUUGAAGAUCCUACAAUGGACGCGGGAUUGAAAGAUAGAAUACUGAAGAGCAUAAAUGCCCCAAAAAGCGAACAGUGGGUGGUGAAGGCCAAAACGUCGGCUGAAAGGUUAAUGAAAAUAUCCAGGGACAUCAUGGCCGUGAGGAAAUUCCUUCUUCAGCAACCAUUCGACAGCUGCAAUCAGCAACGCCAAUUCGACGACAGUAGGAAGUUCUUUAUGAAUCUUUUAGAAGACUCUGCAUAUGGGACCCAGGAUGUCACCGAUCACACGCAGUGCGCCAGUGAAAAUAACGAAUCGGGCGCAAAAACUAAAAAAGUUUCGGAGACUGGGAGUACAGAGACAGAGGAGGCGACGGAAGUGUCUGUGAACGGCGAUGACGAUGCCCAGGAAAAGGAAAUUCCAGACGCGAGUGUCGGAAAAGCAAGGAAAAGCUUGGAGAUGCAGGUCGUUGAAGAAAACUGAUGGGAACUUGAGAAUGCGGUACGAAAUCGUCAAGAAACAUUGAAACAUAGAAACUAACACGUGUACGUUGAAAUUAUGGGAAAAAAGCAAAAUUUCCGAGAACAACCGAUUUUGUAUGUUGUAAGAAAUGAUUUCACGUUGAUAAUUAUCUUAGAUUCUGUAAGUUAAGUCGAAGCAAACUUUUCUUUUAUGUAUUGAAAUAAAAAUGUUACGUUCGAAAUUGUUAGGCGUGGAAGAAACAAAUAGGAAACUCGGUCUGUAUUCGAAUGAAACAUUAUCGACCACACAAACAUUUGUUCUUGGCAAAACUUUACUACGGUCACGAAAUGCUUAAUACGGAUGAAAUCGAAUAGAAACAGAACGAAAACGUCGAAACGACGGAUGGCAAAGUAGAUGGAGCUUCUACUACGUACACUUUAUUUUUUCUUUUUGUCCACACUCACAUCAAUUAUAUAAUAAUAAUAACGAUGAUGGCGGUGAUCUGGCGAACUGUAAUUAAUAGUAAGAAUAAUUAAUUCAUAAUUAUGUGUAAUGACGAUCCGUUGCUUGCAAACUAAACAAUAGUAUCCGACGUUUUUUUACGUUUUUCGUCGUUCCCGAGGACACCGGAGGGAAUUCUGCUCGAACACGUCCGCGUCCUCGUAAAAGCUUGGCAAAAAGCUCAUGAUACUUUAUACGUUUAUAUAGGAUGAUAUCUCCGAACGAAAUUUUCUUUCCGUCGCAUCUCGCGUCGAACCGUUCUCCUCAGCUCUUUAUUUCCUCCUAUCAGCGGUCGUUAAUCGAGUUUUCCGUUCGACCAUUUCCCUUUCCUGUUCGUUUCACUCGUUUUAUACUUCCUAAUGUAACUCACACGUUUAUUUCUUUUUUUAUUUUUCGCGUGUGCUUCUUAAGAACUACGUUACCGCUCUCUGGCUCAUCGCAGGAAGUAAAGAAACGUACAGAUACAUUAUGCUCCACUGUCUCUAUAAUUAUUACAAUAAUAGAUUUAUAAAUGUCCAGUCUCCCACUCUUUCUCUCACUCACACGCUCUAUUUCUCACGUUGCCUGACAUUAAUCGAACGCGCACACUCAAUCGCAGAAUUCUUCGUUUACGUACAACAUUUUCACUUUCACACACGCACGCAUUCGGUUGCUCCCUAAUUGUAAGUUAUUUUCUGGACCGUGCCCGAAGAAAUCUCGAUCGACGAUUAGAAACGAACGGUGAUAGUAUGAUCGAAUCAAGUUUUGGGAUUGUUACUACUGCGGUUGUCAUCCUUUUUUUUUUUUUAAGGAAUAAUCUUUUUUCGUUUGCGUUUGGAAACUAUCGGAAUCAAUUCUGGUAAGAAUGUGGUGCUUUUCAUUUUGUAGAAAUAAUAAAAGUAGAAUAUGAUAGCAUAAUCUCUCGUGGAUAAGGUAAUAUGAUUGGGGCAUUUAAUAGGUAAUUUUCGGUAAACCAUUCCUGACAUAUUUACGACAAUUAAUCGCACUCAUAUACGAAUAAUUUACAAUAGCAGCUAGCGAAUGGUCGAAUAUUAAUUUCUUUACAAGACACCAUACUAUCAUCUAACACUUUUACUAUUCCUAAAAGAUAAAAAAAAAUCACAAAUUCUAACCACAGUUGUCUAAACACAGUAGUACACCUUAAAGUAUGCGUAGUAGAGAUGGAAAUACACUGUAUUUGAUAAUACACAGUUGACAACCCUAGUCACAACUUUUGAUCGUCGAUCGAAAUUUCCUGGUCACGCCAUGUAUACGUCUCUUUGGGCUUAUGUUCGCUUAUUAUCGUAUUGUAACAGUGUUGGUUGCCGUUGCUUCUGUCGCAGUUAAUUAAUUAUGUGAUGCAUGACAGCUCUUACACGUUACGUUACAGACAGAGUACCUUAACGCCUAUGCUUGUAGUAUUAAAGAGUUUCUUCGACUCGCUGAAAAAGUUUUGGAAAGCUCGCCGCUCUGAAUUCUGUCUCGUCACCCUCACGAGGAGAAGUUUUCGACUUCUUUUCGCGAUCCAGAAGUGCGACAGCGAUAUCGCGGCGUAGACCAAUCCUCGGAAGUUUCAAAAAUGCGAUAACUUGAAGUGGAUAUUUUAUUGCGUCGACGGGAGUAUUUAGAUUGUGACCUCAACGUACUCGAUGUACUUCAAAAACUUGGUUUUUUCUAACAAAUUUAAACAAAAUUAUUUCCCUAGUUUAAGUAGUCGAAAGUAUUAGUCAAUUUUAUCUAUAUCUCUCCAGUUGAUCGUAGAGAGUUCUGCAGAGACCCACUUCUGCAAAAUUCUGCAUAGUUCAGAACUUAUGGCACAACAACCGAAUAAAUGUACCCGCUUCGACAAUUUUACUUAAUAUUUACCUCAGAGAUCGUUUCUGCUAAAUGAAAUACAUCAGCUUUCUCGCAAUCAAUUUAAAUUCUCAAUCAAGAUUCCCCACACUUUUCAAUCAAGAGAUUAACGAAAUAAAUUACAUUCACAUUAAAAUACACCCAUUAACACCUCAAAACGUUCACUUCUAAUAGUUUCCAAGACAAUUUCCUGGCUCUGGAGACUGGUCUAAUGGAGAAAAGAGGCGAUUAAAAUCGAACAGCGCGAUGAACGGAACUGUGAGUGUGCGAUGGACCUGCGUACGCCGAUAAACGCGAGAAUUCGUCGAAUUUGCAAUCAUGUCGUAGGUAAAACGAACGGAAAAACCUCGUUGGAAACAUCUUGCGAAAAUGAUCAACACCCAUCGUUCGAGCGCUUGUCAGUCUUUUUUUUAUUCUAGUCCGUGAAAAAUAACGUCGUUCUCCGUUGAUUCUUCGCGUACUCUUGAUCCCUAUUUUUAGACGAGCCUUCGAGCGUCGGUCCGCCUUUAUUGUGCAAAGAUAAUCCAAGCGAUUCGUGCACUUUUCUUCCGGUCAAGUGCAACCAGCCUCUCACGGUCCCCGUGAAAGUUGCUCGUCUUUGUACUACCAUCGUUACGUUUUUUUUCAUUUAUUUAUUUGUUUUUUUUUUUUUUAUUUUUAAAGGAGGAUUGUCAUCGUGCGUUGGUGUUCUCGCGUCGCCGCGUGCGCAAGGUUCAACGAAAUAUAAGAUAAUGAAAAUGUAAUGUAAAAGAGAUUUUAAAGAACGAUUCAUUCAGAAAUAUGGAUAUAAAAGAAAAGGUUGUCCUUGAUUCAGUUAACAAUUUUAACGACUGCGUCAUUUAGGUGUAUAAUGCAAUAAAAAUGCUUCUCAAAGAUAUGUUACGGCGUGCUGUCCGAUUGGAGAUGUCUUCAAAUGAAAAAUAAAUUCCAAAGGACGUCGAUAAAGUUCAAUGAGUCGUGAAUACCGAAAGAACACUGCGAUAUGGAAAUUUCGAUGCCGAGUCGCAAUUGACGUUAUCAGAAAGAAAUUUUAAUUUAGAAAAUAACAGAAACUCGUGGUGAUCGUUGAUGAUUUCACGAAAUCGUCGGCGUGAUUGCAAAUUCGAUCGUGCAUGGCGGGAAAAAUAAAAUGUACGCCGUGCUAUGUGUACGACUCGCGACGCGUUGAAAAGUCUCCUCGAACGUGGAGAACCUACGGAUAAAAAUCUAAUUCUCGAAAAGAGAUUUCUCUCGUACGAUGUUACGAACAUCGUUGGAACGUUACGAGAGAAACGAAAAUUUCAAAAGUCGUUCUCAUUGUGCGAAGCAACCAAUUCGCGAAAUCCGCAUCGAAUUAAAAAAUCAUCGUACGUUCGCGCGCGAAUUCGUUGAAAAAUGCCUGCAACAUUAUUCCGCUUAUUUGAACACCGUGUAGAAUUCCCCCGAAUUUCCCGUCUCUUUGGCAUUCCCCUCGCAUGAGUCUUUCUUUCUUUCGUGAACCAGGCCCUAAUAUUUUUUACGAAAACCGAAGCCAAAGCGCCGUUCUUCUUGCGAGGAUCACGAACGAAAUCAUCACACAAAGGUGUACUCGCCGUUUGAGUGUCUACAAAAGAUGUACGAGAACGGUUAUUAUGAAAAAACGUUAUCUUGUAAACAGUGUUAAAAUCUUAAAGAUAAACAAUGUAAGACUAUUCGCAACAGUAUCGAUAGAAACGGAUCUGACUAAAUAGGAUGCGCGACGCGUGUGUUGGCCCAUCGAUGCAUUUCUUCGGUCGUUUUCAAAUUUCGAAAUCGAUCGAAAACCAGCGUUAAAUUGUGACAACGAUCUCUUUCUUUGUGUUCACCGAAUCGUGAAUUCGGUUCGUGUUCUUGUCUCAUGGAAAUCUACGCACGAUUUCUCUGAAGAAAAAAAAAAAAAAAAAAAAACAGAAAAAACGAAAACACACGUGGCGAUAUACAGAUACAGCUACAGCGAUACCUAAGUGUACGGAGAAACAUUCAUUGGGCAAUAUCCUUAAUUGCGAUUUCGGGGCAAACAUGCUGCGCCGUGCGUUUUUCUCUAACUUGAUUAGCUAAUUAAGAGAUUAUUCGAACGCUUUGAAAGAAGGGUGGAUUUUAUAAAUUAUGUUAGCUGAAUUAGCCAUUUUGGGUUGGUGGAAAGUACAUAAACAAUUUAAGAAACGUAAUUAAGCUUCAGCCAAGAUACCUCAAGAUAUAAUAGAAAAAAAAAAAAAAGAAAUCAUAUACAUUUGUAAACUAUCUCAGUGUUGAUAAUAAUUGAUGUUCACAGAAGUUAACAUUUAACUCUUUUUAAAUAUCUCUGAUUUAAAAAAGAAAGACGUUGAGGGGAAUUUAAAAAUAUUCGAUUAUCACACACCAACUAGACUAAUGUGCUUUACAAAUUUGAUCUCUUUUUUCGAUAUGUAGGCUACCUUGCAGACCUUGGAUGACUGUCCCCUAGUUAUUUUCAAUACAUUAUUAUCAAUAUUCUUUUUUAACAUCACCAUAAAUUGUACUUUUCAGUAGCAAAAAAAUUUAAUAAAAAAAGAAAAAUUCAUAAAAUUUAGCCUUCUUUCGAAAUGUCCACCAGUAUAAUAAUCCCUUAAAAGCGCGAAUGACCUCCGGGAUGUGUUGACCUCCGAAGGAUCGUUUCGAGACCGUAUUACUCUUCCCCUUCAACAUCCUAAUGUAAGAUCUCGGAUCUCUUAGUUUUCCUUGGAGUUCGCAGCGCGUUAUGCCUUCGUUGCUCCCAAGAGUGAUCUUCUUCUCUUCGUUCCAAAUUUUCUUCGAAUCCAUGAAAACGAUUUUCUCCCAGGGUGUAUCCCAUGAAGUGACGAUGACGAUGAUAGGGGCACCCACGAGGCUCGAAACGUGCCGCGACCAAGGACCAAGGAUCGCUGUGUCCAUGAUAAAUCUACGCUUUCCUGGAGGAUAACAUGGACUACAAGUUCUACAUUCACGAGGACAGUAAAAACACGGGAAUUGGCAUUCUUCGCGCCCUGUGAAAGCAACGACCGCGAAGGAUGAUACCGAAUGAGCUAGUCUAACCGUCGAUAAUAAUAAUUUAUCAUUAUUAUUGUUGUUAUUAUCAUUAUAUGCAUGUAUGUAUAUAUACAUACAUAUACAUAUAUAUAUAUAUACUUUUAUAUAUAAAAAAGUGAUGAAAUUCUUGUAACUAUCUAUCAUUUAACAGUGAAGACGUAAGUCUCUCUCGGUUGUCUGUUGUUGUUUUUUUUCGGGUGUACACAUGGAUUUUCAUCCUUCUUGAAUAAUCCUCUUCUCGUCGUUCCCGUUACGAUUUUCAUCUUCCUUCGUGCGAUUCCGACACGUCCUGACGGUCCAGUUCAACAGCAGGUUACGCGUCGUAAAUAUGUUCUUUUUAUGUUGUACGCCACAAGUACUACAUGUAUAUAAUGUGUAUCGCACUUUCUAUUCGCUGGUAACUCAAAAAGAGGCAGUAUUCCUGAUGGCUUCUCGUCGUCCAUCGUAAGAGUUAGAAUGACUCUUGUCGGCGCCUCUUUUCCUUUUUAUUCCUUACGUUUCUCGUUUCACGCCAGCUCGUCGAACAAUUUCUCACGUUGAAAUAGGACCCAAGAGAACUUCCUCGAUCUCUCCCCGAUCGAUUUUUAACGGAAAUCAACGCGAACGGUAAACCGAAAAAGCUGGGAGAUUGUAUUUUGGACGAGUGUAUCGUUUAAGAAGACAUCGGGAUGACAACGAAAGCCGAGCAGCGGUAAAAAAAUAACCAAAACGCCACGUUUUAUUUUUCCAAGUACUUUUAUUCACCUUAUGCUCUUACGACGUUCAAGAAAAAAAAAAAAAAAAAAAAAAAGGCCGAUUCGUUCACUUGCUUUCUCGCCGAUGUUUCUGACGGUCGCUGAUGCGUCGCAAUCGAUUCAAUAAUAAACGUGUUCCCAUGCACUCGGCAAAUCAAAUGGUUAAAAACAAAACAGCUCUCCCAUCCUUGUUCGAGGAUGAGUAAACUAUUUCGGAGAAAAUGAAAACAAUAUAAAAAAAAAAAAAAAAAAAAAAAAUAACUUCAAAGAAUCACAAAGUGUUCUGCUCGCAAACUUUUGUCUCUCUUUCCUGUUUUUUAUCUUUUCGCUUUCUCCUGCGUGUGCCGUUACUAUGACUAGAGACUUAAGAAAUCGUUAAUUUUGCAUGCUAUUCGUCGACAGUAUAUGUAUAUAUAUAUAUUUUUUUUUUGUAUUCGUAUAAAGAAUAAGAAACCAUAUUGCUUCGGUAGCUCGAGGCUUCGAAAUAUAAAAACGAGAAGCCUCCUCCGAGAGGCCACGGAAUCGCGAAAUACAAAAAGCACAAAUCUUCUGUUUCCAUUCUUUCCCCCAAAAUAUCCUUCUUCCUUCGUCUCGGAACAUUGUCUCAAUGAUCCGUAGUUUGAAUGACUAUACGCCGUAUACUAUUUAGUCUCGUUUCGAAUCUUGGGCCAAAUGUAUCAUUGCGAAAUCGAAGGAAGAAGACUCUCCUUUUCUUGUUGGCGCAAAGAAAAAGAUUUCUUUUGCCUAAUUGGUCGCUAGAAGAUAUGGAGGCGUGUGAUACAAGCGAGAUUAGUCGAAAAGAGUUAUAUCAAAAAACCGAUUAUAAACGUUACCGUUCAAGAAAGUGAAGUUUUCUCUUCAUCAUGUAACGCGUAGUAGAGUUAACAUCUUUAGAAUCUCGUCAGAGAUUUCUUGGUUCUCUUCUUAACGGUUCUUAGUCAGAUCACGUACUUGUUCUGUUAGGAAAACAAUUGUUGCUAGUCGCGUUUCGGAAGCCACGCUUUCUCUUAGUCAAAGAUUUGGUUAAGUCUUUUCUCAACAAUGGUCGACAAGAGGAUCAACAACUGGUAUACUAGAAAGAACCUACUCGAAGUUACUCAGGAGCGUGAUGAACGAUCAUCGUAAAUAAAAUGUUCACAACGUGAAAACGAAUAUCAAAUACUAGUAUGAAAUGAUAAAUUAUAGAAGAAAAGAGCAACACCGUCAAGAAGA